UCCUCAACCCCUAAAUGUAGUAAUUCAAGAAAACAUGGCGGCGUCGAAGCCCUCAACAGCAACAGACUCGAACACAAACAUCCCAGACUAUGAAUACACUGAUGUUAACACUCACAUAUUUCAUAUCGACUCUUUCAGAAACGAGUGGCUGAACAGACUGAAGCUCAGUAACUACUCCUAUCAGCACGAGGACGAGGACACGUUUGAUGCUAACUUUGCUAAAGAGAUGGGGAUCAGCGCGGAGACGAUGACUGACCUCAAGUCCAUCUGCAGUCCUGAUUCCCUCUGUUGCCAUCCUGAGGACGAGCAGCCUGAAACAGAAGUUGUUCCUCCAGACUCAACGCUGAGAACACUAGCACAAAGAAAAAAGAAACAAGAUCACAGAGCCUCUCUAAAAAUCACCAAGAAUAGACACGACCUGUACGCGGAUGAACUGGAGCGCUUAACGGUCGGUAGGAAGCCAGAAGCAGCGGCUGACAUGGUCCCUGAAGGAGAAGUCAUUCUAACCAUCAAUAUCUACUACCCCGCUACCUAUGAGAAAUUUAUCUACUGCAGACCCCACAUAACUCUGCUGAUGACGGGCUCCCACAGCUUGGCGGAGCUCAGGGAUGCCAUCUGCUGCGUCAGCGACUUACAAGUGUGCGGAGAGUUCAGCAACACGCCCGACAUCGUUCCAGACUUCAUCAGCAAAGAUCAUUACAAGUCAGCUUUCUUUUUCUUCGAAGGAGUUUUCUAUAACGACAUGCGAUAUCCCGAGUGUCAGGACAUCAGCAUGACUACCAUUGAAUGGGCAAAGGCCCACAAAUUCCCCCCUUACAGCCAGGCCAAGAUGGAGGACACACGAUUCCUGGAUCUUAAAGUGAAAGUGGGCUUCCCGUACCUCUACUGUCAUCAGGGAGACUGCGAACAUCUCGUCAUUAUCACAGACGUCAGACUGUCCCAUCAGAUGGACUGCCUGGACAAGAAGCUGUAUCCACUUCUCACACACAAGAACAGGCUUAUUACCCAGAAGUGUGCUGUCUGUCAUGUCUUCAUUGGAAGAUGGUUUACUACCAACGACCAGUUUGCUCCGAGUGACCCGUGUCUCUUCUGUGACAAGUGCUUCCGGAUGCUGCACUACGACGCGCAGGGCAACAAGCUGGGAGACUUCCUGGCCUACCCGUUUGUGGACCCUGGUGCAUUUAACUAAUGCUUUUCUUUAGAUCAAUGCUGUUCAAUGUUUUAUAGUGCAGAGAGAAAUGUUUUGAUAUUUUGGAAAUGUAUAACUUGUUUAAAAAGGAUUUUUUUUGGUGUUUGAAAUGAACAGUAACAUUUACUGGAAAAUGUAUUUCACUGAGCUGUGAAUUUCUUCAAGUUAAAGUUUAUUUGCACAUUUUAAUUUGUAAACCAUUCAAAAUUGAGAUAAAGUACAAGUCAUUAUUACUAAGUUGUAAAUCUUUAAUCCAUCUCACUCUUAACACUUGGGUUUCAAAUUGUUAAAAAAACUUAGUUUGUUAUAAUAAGGGUUUGUGUUAAAUUCAGCUAACCUGCUUCAUUAAGACAUGACACGUCUUCAUGUUUUGGUUGAUCAGAUUGGCCCGGCAACAAAAAGUAACGCUCAUACGAUUUUUAUUCAAAAUUUGCCAAAUUUUAUCAAAAGACAAUCUAAAGAAGACUGGUGUCCAGAUCUUUGUGAGGUGACUUUUACAACCACAAUAACCAUGUUUGAGGUGAUUUGUGCAAUCAAUGAAAACAUGAUUAAA